AUGAAGACCGCCGCCGCCGCCACUCUCCUCGCUGCUGUCCCCGCCGUCCUGGGUCAGAACAAGCCCUUCGAGGGUCUCACUGUCCGCUCUGGAUCCGACUUCCAGUACGCCACCAUCACCCAGGCUGGUCUUUCCUUCUGGGUUGGCAAGGAUACCGAGUCCUACUGCCCUGAGGCCUCUGUGCCCAUCGACUGCCCUCCUGGCAAUGUUACCGCUUUCGUUGGCGGCGAGGGUACCCUUUCCAUGGACGUUGAGGUUCCCGGCGGCCAGCAGGUCUACAUUGCUCCCACUGGUGAGCUGAAGGUCACUCAGGCCCACUCGGCUUCGAUGCCCGAGGGCUCUAUCCAGGAUGGCUUCCACAAGUCUGAGAGCAACAGCCUCGGCUUCCUGCACUGGACCAACGGCUUCCUCGCCUGCCCCGCUGCCAACAGCACCGACGGCUACCCCUACCAGAUCUACGCUUCGGUCGACGGCCUCAAGCGCACUGACUGCCUUGGCUUCGACUUUCUGACCUCCAACUACACCGGCACUGGCGCCGCUGCUUGGCAGUACGCUUAA